GAGUAUGGAUUUAUCCAUAAGGGAUGUGAAUGAACCAUGUGGUGAUGUGGUAAUUGUUGAUCGUAAACAGCAUACUAAUACUAUAAGUCGUCUGUCCACUGACGCCAAUAAUCCUGUAAAUGACGAUAAUGAUGAGAUGACCAGCCUGGAUAAGUCAACUCUCAGACUGAGACAAAUCAAGUCGAAUUAUGCAACGGAAAUAUCUCACUGUUCUGACGGUGAACAAAUUCAUCAUCAUAGAGUAACAAAGAUGGCGCACACCACUACCAGUAGGAGUGAACUCUGUUCCGAUGGAGAUGCAAAGAAACAUCAAUUUGUCAAUCAUCAUGAUCAAGAGGUUUCAUCAGCUGUUGUAUCCUCAGACUACAACUCAGACUACUAUCGUUUAUGUUUCACGACAGCUUUAAUUGUACGGCUGAUAUUAGUAAUAUUCGCUGUAUGGCAAGAUACAGUUCGUUGGCCAGAUGGUCAACUACGAUUCACUGAUGUAGAUUAUGAUGUGUUUGCAGAUGGUGCACGGGCUUUUGUCGCCGGGAAGAAUAUGUACACUGAACGUCCUACUUAUCGAUAUUCACCGUUGAUUGCAAUAAUACUCGCUCCAGGAUAUUGGUUAUUCUCUGAUGGUGAAUAUUCAGUGUCGAAUUCAACAACAGUUGAAGGAAAAGGAAAAUCGUUCAUUCUUCCUGCCCUAGCUCAUCUAUGGGGUAAAUUGAUCUUUAUAAUGGCUGAUCUACUCUGUGGUUAUUUACAAUACAUAAUUAUACAAGACAAACUUGUUAAAGAUCAGUUGGUCAAUCAUCAUCAUGCUGAUCAAAAGACUCAACGAAUUUCACUGUCGCUCAUUACAAGCCGAUUAGCUAUAUCGCUGGUUGCAUUCGGUUGGUUAUUCAAUCCUGUGACCGCCGUAGUCUCUGUUCGUGGUAAUGCAGAUGCAUUACAAAGUUGUCUUGUCAUCACAUGUCUAUGGUGUAUACUAAAGCGUCGUAUUGCUCUAGCUGGACUUCUCUAUGGAUUGUGUAUUCAUCUAAGAAUAUAUCCAAUCAUCUAUGCACUGUCUAUCUAUUUAUGGCUUAUGAAAGAUGGCCAGGACAAGGAUGUGGAGAAUUUGGAGACGGUGAAGAUAACGAAAAAGGAAGAGGAUUGUGAGACGCUGAAUAGUCAGUUAAGAAGUUUAAGCCUCCUCUUGACAAAAUUACCCAAUCGAAAUCAUUUUAUAUUUGGAUUCACUUGUCUACUGAGCUUGAUCACAUUGACUGGAUUCUGUUAUGCCUAUUUUGGUGGGAUGUUAUAUCUUCAAAAAGCCUGUCUGUAUCAUUUCAGUCGAUCAGAUUUUAAGCAUAAUUUUGCACCACAUUUUUUAACUGUUUAUUUACUUUCUGGACAAAAAUGGUGGUUAGCAACAGCAGCAGAAGCUAGUGGGGAAGUGGGGGCUAUUAAUCAUCAUAAUUGGUUGAGUAUGCUAUGGAAGAAUUUGACGAGUUCAUUGAUUCACUGGGGUAGCAGUGGUGUUGAUAAUCAAUACUCUGGUUCAAUGAAUGCGGAGAAUUCAUUACUAUCAUCAUCAUCAUUAUUAUUGUUAUUGGAGAAUCUCAGUACAAUUCAAUUAAUGGAAGGCAUUUUCAAGAUUGCUACAAUUUUACCGUGUCUAUUGUUAAUACCAUCUUUAUCGUUGAAACUUCACUCUAAUCUUGGUCUAUGCUGGUUUGUACUCACGUAUAUGUUUGUUACAUUUAAUAGGGUGUGUACUUCUCAAUACUUUUUAUGGAGUCUCUGCCUACUCCCAAUCGCUUUAGCUGAUAUACAUUUACCCAGAGAAAUUACAGCUUAUCGUGCUAUAGUACAAAAUUUAUUCAUCUGGUUCGCUUCACAAGCUUUAUGGUUGGCGUCUGCCUAUAGCCUAGAAAUGUGUACACUAAAGGGUAUAUUUUUAAAUCGUAUUGUCUGGCUACUGGUAUGGAUCGCUUCACUGAACUAUUUCGUGUGUAAUAUCUUCAUUCUGUUUCGUCUGAUCAGUUGGCGGAGUAGACCCAGUGGAAAAAUUCAUAAAGAGUAGUGAGCAUCGUUAUCAAUGAGUCGAUUGCGCCCGACUUCCUCUACUUAUUAUUAUUAUCAGUAGUGUGAUAAUCUCGACAACAAAAAUACUCUUGAAAGCAAAUUAUUAUUAUUAUUAUUUUGAAAAUUAAUUUGUCUACUUUUAUUUCGGUUAUAUAUCUAUCUAUCUAUUUAUCUGUGUAUAAUUUGUCCAAGUUAAAUGAGUGUUAUUCAUCCUUAAGGGGGGUAAUUCUUGUUUUUAGGCAGCAAUUUAUUCAGUAUUUCUAUUCAUCGUCAACGUCAUCAUUACCGUCUGUAUUCGGUGAUGCCUCCACCCUGAAAGCAUAACUAACAUAUAUAACGAAGGUAAUGGGAAAACUGUGUAAACACGUGGAGAUGGUCAUCGUGAUGGUGGUUAGACAUUGUAAAUUUUAAUCAAACACAUAUUGUCCGGUGUUUUAUUUUGUUUUUGCCUACCAGUACUUACUACUACCCUUUACUACCGGUAGGAGGAGGAGCAGCAGCAGCGGCAGGAUUCACUGACAUCCACAAAGACUUUGAAAUAUGCUUUUCUAUAUAUAUAUAUAUAUAUAUAUA